CAUUCAAUGACCUUAAGUAUUCUUAAAUUUGCAUGUAGCUUAAGGUAGACACCCAGGAUGAGAUUACUGAAAUGUUGGGAAAGUUAAAUAAUUUUCCAUGAAUUAUCAUUAACACAAGAAUUUAGUGUUUGUUUAUAAUGAUUAUAUAUAAUUAUCAGAUGGGCCUGGUAUCAUGGUGACUGAAUGUGAUGGGGCUGGGAAUGGUGAUGACACAGGGACAGCAAAAAGUGAUCCUUUUAACACUAUAGAGAUUGCAAAAGAUGGGCCUGAGCACAUGGUGACUGAUGGGGCGGGGGAUGGAGAUGAUACAGGAACAGCAAUAAGUGAUCCUGUGAACACUAUAGACACCGCUGAAGUUGAAGCUGAACCAUUUCAAACUGUGCAUCCAAUUGAUCAGCCAUUGCUGGACAGUGCAGAUCCUUCCACAGUCUUCACUGCUGGGCGUCGUGGUGGUCAUGGGGCUCAUACAACCAAAGACUGUACUUCCGGUUUCAGUAAUAAUGGCUCCUCUUUGAGAUCAAUGGGACCAUAUCCGACACCCUUAGAGGUACAGACAGGACAGCAAACGGGUCCCGCUCAAAACCCUUCGUCUUCCCGCGUCCAACAUGAUCCAGCUAUGGAACCGGAACCAGCGCGAUAUGUCAACUUUCUGUUUUACGAGGGUUACUCUGUGGAAAUACUUGGUGGAAAACACUUUAAGACUCGUGAUGGAGAGUUUGUGGAAAUGAAGAGUGGAACACAGUAUAAAAUACUUGUCAAAAAUUCACAUACAUAUGGUUGUCAUUUGGACAUAUCUAUCGACGGUUUUGAUGUUGGUGGAUGGGCUCUCCAUGGAGGAGAAGAAAUUUCAAUAGAGAGAUCGGCUUAUGAGGCCAAGACGUUCACCUUCUACCGAGUGAAAACUGCACCAAAGGAAGCAGGCAUUGAGUCAGGUCGGGCCGAAAAUGGUCUAGUUAAGUGCGUGUUCACACCCGAAGCUUUCCUUAACAUUCCAGUAACCAUUUCUGGUUCUUCUCAGUCAUUGAAUGUGAGCAUGGCCCCAUGUGCGACAGUUGGUGAUUUGAAACAUGAAAUGCAGAGCCAGUUGGAAAUACAGAAUGACCCGGAUCAAGUUCUUGCUCAAGAUGACAAGCUGCUCUCAAAUGCUGCUCGUCUAAAGCGUGUUCUUGGGACACCAGGAAAUUUGAGACUUAUCGAUGCAGAAAUGACGAUUACAGUGACAGUCGAGGCGUCUUCCAGUGUACCUUCUCCAAAAACCUUUCCAAUAAAGGUGCAUCCGGGCAAGGCAAAGGUACAUGAUCUCAUGGAACAGAUAGAAAGAGAGCUUAAUGUUCCGGUCAGCGACCAAAAGCUUUAUUUUGGAAGGACUCUCCUGUCUGGAGCACCAAGGAGAUGCCUCCCCGAUGAACUCAUCUGCAGUUCACGACCAGCUGUAGCCGUCACUCUACCGGAGUAUUUUCACAUAACAGUGGAAGAACAGAAUGGUGACUCUCACGCCAUAAAGAUAGAUAAAGAGAAGAACUUGAGGGCUGUCUUGGAAGAAAUUCCUCCCUGUCGUAACCUGCAAGAAAAUACACAGGUUAUGUUUGAUUUCAAUGAAGAACAACUCUGCCCUUUUACAGAUGAAAGGACCUUAAACAGGCUUGGUAUUUGUUCUGGAUCCAAGCUUGAGUUGGUAAUAAAGAUUCUCUUCAUCGAAGUUGAAGCUUGUUUCUCAGAUGGUACUCCAUCAGUCCGCGUGAGAUGUAGUCCCCAAGAUACUUUCCAGGAUUUGGUGAAAAAGAUUAGACUAAAGAAUAAGAGGGAAAAAUGGAGGUUUACGUUCGCAAUGGACACAAGAAUUUUUCAUCCAGAUCAAGACAAAAGUCCGUUACAAGAUUACGGAAUUACGCACGGCUGUACCCUUAACGUCACGAGACAUCCGGCCACUGAUGAUACCAUUGUGCCUCACGAAACGGUUCAUUCAUCACAGCUCGAAGGUUGGCUCUCUGACGUCCCUGGCAAGAGGAAAGUCCAAGAGAAGAAAUCGUUUUUCUGUAUUUUGAAAGAAAAGCUUUUCAAGAAGCCACUUGGGGAGCAUAGGAGAAUGGAAACAGCAGGUUCAUGUCAAGUACCACCGCUACGAGGUGCGAUCCCUCCAGGAAAGGGUUCAUGUCAAGUACCACCGCUACGAGGUGCGAUCCCUCCAGGAAAGAAGAAUAAGGAGCGGAUAGUAAAUUCGCUGAGGAAGAGAAGUAUUGCGCAUGGUUCAAGACAUCUUAAAGUAAUUACACGAAAUCUACAAGUAGGGUCAGGGCGUAACGUUGUGGAACAAAAACAUGGUAAACUGAGAGAAUUAAGUCUUUCUUCACAAGGCCGGACGCCUCCAGGCGCUAUCUUUCCAGGGAAGGCUGGUUUCAAAGAGGAGGAACAUAGCAAGGCCAAUCGUGUCAACGUCGUCGAAUCUGAUCCAGAAUGGAGAUCAGGUGGAACAACAUUACAGGGCCACAGCACACAACGGUUCAUCACGGCUGAACCAAUCAAAGUGGAUCCGUCAAGGAAGGUUGAGUUGGUUCUCAGGCUUGUAGCCAGAGAGGGAGAAAAAGGACUCAAAUUCCCCGAGGGAAAGUGUACCCCACUGUCAACUCUGAUCCCACCAGCUGUCCAAGAGUAGAGCAGAGACUGGGUCGAUGUCAAUGCUAGUCAAUACCAAGGACUACUAGCCAGAGUAAUCUACAGUGCGACUACUGUUGUCAGAUUCACUUUUAUGAAAUUAUAUCUAAACUGAAAUAUCACGAAAGUAGGCCGCAUCACCGGCUGAGUUUGCGCGACCUCUUGGGUAAAGACCGUUGAAAAUAGGGUGCACGACCUGAUGUGAUUGUGGUCAAAGACAAAAAACAAAACAAAACAACAAAAAAUGAAAAAGUACGUAAUCGUGUAUUCACUUCUUUUUUUUCUUUCUGACCCACUGGUGUGGUUAUUUUAUUUUGGUGUCGGGAAAUAGUUUGAUUAGAGGAACGUAGAAGGAUUCUUGAAUGAGCGUCUCGCUCUCAAUGAAUGUUCAUUUAAAAUUUUUCUUGGAAAUGUGAUCGAGGAAAAGAAAAAUGUAAAUAUUGAUGUUUUAAGUAUACUUUGGCGAAAUCGUCGAAAUAUUAACCAAGCCAGGCAGAAAAUUAGUUUGGGAAGCUAUAAACAAGGAUGAGAAUUGCCAGAAGAUCUACUUGUUUUAGAGACUGCCUAUAGACACAUGUGGUGCUUUUAAAGUCAGGCUGUUUUCGCUGAAUGUUCGCAAUUAAAAGAUCUUUUUACGCAU